UCUUCAAUUGAAUAAGAUUUGGAGUUUGAUCUUGAGUUUGAUUUGUUCUUGCUUGUUUAUGCACUAUGUAAUGCUUUGCUUCAUUUGGUGGCAUGGCGUUAGCUUAUAUGAAUUCAGUAUAUGUAUAAUUUGACUAUAAGAAUGCUGUUAUUUAUAACUAGUCCAACCAAUGGAUAUUCUAGUAAUACCUACACCAACAACACCUGUUUUAACCACCUCAACAACAACAAGAACAACAACAACAACAGAAAGUGUAACUGAAGCACAAACAACAGUAAGUGAAACAGGAAAACCAACAACAGAACAUUCUACUGAGUCAUAUACUGAGAUGACCACUUUAGACACCACAGUUGAUGAUCAAACUACAGUUCCAACUGAACCAUCCACUACUGCAGACAUUACUGUUGCAUCAACUCUAAAAGUCACAAGUAAAGCAGCUGCAACAGAGCAUACAACCAGUGAGGCCACUACAGAGCUGACAACCCACAAGGAACAAAUUACUUCUGAUUCAACAACAGUGGUAGCUACUACAGAGACUGCAUCUACUGUUCCCAGCACAACUGCACCUACAACCCCAACAACUGAACCAACAAGCCCAACAACUGAACUAACAACCCCAACAACUGAACUAACAACCCCAACAACUGAACUAACAACCCCAAAAACUGCACCUACAACCCCAACAACUGAACCAACAACCUCAACAGCUGCACCUACAACCCCAACGACUGAACUAACAACCCCAAAAACUGCACCUACAACCCCAACAACUGAACCAACAACCUCAACUAGCUCUCCGACAUCUUCAAUGCCCAUGUUAGAUACCACAACAGGCUUGCAUGUAGAGACCACAGGUGCUUUGCUUUACUGCUUCAUUGCUUUAUAUUUUAUGCAAAUUUGCACCAUAGUUUAUCAUUGUAGCUCGCAUAUAGUAGAAUAUGGUAGUAUUAUUGUUGCAUUGUUUCAAACCAUG